AUGUUGCUGUGCGCAGGAGCGGCCUUAUCACUACUAUGCGUGGGACAAAUAAAUCUUUCCUCUCCCAACGGCCGGGAUUUGUUCUUGCAAAAGACCAAAUUCGGAUGGGUCUUCGGGGGGACAGUCAGCACGUGCCACCAAAGGGAAUCUUCGCCGUCGUGCUUUUCAACUACAACGCUGCAAAACGACCUCUCAAGGUUUUGGGAAAUCGAAGAAGGUCCGCAGAAACAAUACCUCUCGAAAUCGGAAGCUAUAUGCGAAGAACAUUUUCAGAAGACCACAACACGGAAUAAACACGGCAGGUACGUCGUCGCUCUACCUUUCAAUGAAAGCAAAAAUCAAUUAGGAGAGUCGCGUGCAAGGGCGGAGAAACGGCUUCUCGCCCUCGAAAGACGCCUCAUGAAGGAACCAGACUUGAAGGCACAGUACACUACUGUCAUCAAUGAAUAUUUGGAACUGGGACACAUGUCAAGGACAAAUCCUCACACACACGGUCACUCAUACUAUCUCCCACAUCACGGAGUAUUCAAGGCAAGCAGUAACACGACGAAGCUUCGAGUCGUUUUCGACGGAUCCGCGGAGACCACCUCCGGCAUCUCACUGAACGACACACUACACACUGGACCAAAGAUACAAGACGAUUUACUAUACAUCCUGCUUCGAUUCCGCACACAUCAAUACGUCAUCACGGGAGAUAUUGAAAAAAUGUACCGACAGUUUCUUGUUCGCCUACCAGACCGCAGAUAUCAGAGGAUUCUCUGGCGUGAUCAUUCGGGAAAAAUACAAACCUACGAAUUAAACACGGUGACAUUCGGUUUAUUAACAGCACCCUAUCUAGCAAUCAGAUGCCUCAAACAACUCGCACUGGACGAAGGCCAUCGAUACCCGCACGCCGCAAAUAUUCUACAGCGCGAUUUUUACGUGGACGACGCGCUCACAGGAGCGACGACAAAGCAGGAAGCCUUCACAUUACGGCAAGAGCUCACACAAUUACUAUCUCUAGCAGGUUUGAAUGUUCGACAAUGGGCAUCCAACGACUCACAUCUACUCCGUGGACUACCAGCCAGCAAGAUUAACAACAAACUACAUCUCGGUGAAUCCACGACCGUCAAAACGCUCGGGGUGUACUGGGACUCGGCCGCGGAUACAAUUAAUUAUUCAAUCACUAUCACAACCUCGAUGUCACAAAUAACAAAGAGAGUCAUCAGCUCGGAAAUCGCCAAGAUCUACGAUCCAUUAGGACUUCUAGGUCCCGUGAUCAUUGUCGCGAAGAUUCUUCUCCAGAAGAUUUGGGCUUUAAAAAUCGAUUGGGAUGAAUUGCUGCCUAUGGAUAUUCAUCACGCAUGGUCACAAUAUUAUUAUAAGCUUCCAUUACUCAACAAUAUAUCAUUUAGCCGCAAAACAGUUAUCAGAGCAACCGCGACAAUCCAAUUACACGGGUUUUGCGAUGCCAGCGAAAGGGCAUACGGGGCAUGCGUAUACCUGAGAACAAUAGACUCAAGCGGCAACAUUCAAACGGAACUUCUAGUAGCCAAGUCAAAGGUCGCCCCUUUAAAAUCACAAACCAUUCCGCGACUGGAAUUGUGUGGAGCUCUUCUCCUUUCUUCUUUACUUACUACAGUACGAAACGCGCUCCACCUUCAAAUUGACCAUUGCAGCCUCUGGACCGAUUCAACCAUAGUUCUCCACUGGAUAAACACAUCACCUCAUACACUCAAGACGUUCGUGGCAAACAGAGUGGCCGAAAUUCAAGAGAAAACUCGAGCAUCCGACUGGCAUCACAUCCGGACAGAGGACAAUCCCGCGGACCUGAUUUCCCGCGGCCAAUUGCCAGAAGAUUUUUUAAAAUCAUCGAACUGGCACAACGGACCGAAGUGGCUUAGGAGACCAGAAGCUGACUGGCCGACAUGGAAGGUACCUUCAAUUGAAGGAACGGCCGACGAGCAAAAGGGGACUAUCUGUCUGGUAACUGCCACAAUUGACACCGAUAUUUUAGAUCGGUAUUCAUCGUGGGGGAAGUUACUAAGAGUCCUUGCCCGCUGUCUUCGUUGGAAACCCAACAACAUUGUUAGAGGAAACAUCACAGUUCCCGAAUUACAACAUGCACAUGACACAGUCAUUAGGAUGCUGCAACGACAACACUUCGCGCAUGAUCUGAGAAAUCUGGAAAAGGAUCGAGAAGCGCAACCGAAAUUACAACGUUUGGCUCCAUUCAUCGACAAGGACGGUAUUCUUCGAGUCGGUGGGCGAUUGAGAAAUUCGAAAAUUCCUUUCUCAGCUAAGCAUCCAAUUAUUUUACCAAAGACAUACUCAACAGCUUUACUAAUUAAGCAUCAUCAUCUCAUGCUCUUGCACUCGGGAGUGCAAGCUACCCUAUACUCCAUGCGAAGACAAUACUGGCCCAUUGACGGGCGAAGUCAGGUAUGGAAGGUCAUAAAAGAAUGCGUACGCUGCUGCCGAGCUCAACCACCGGCGAUAGACUACGUAAUGGGCAAUCUACCUGGAGACCGGGUUAAACAAGCUAGACCAUUCACGAAUGUCGAAGUGGAUUACUGCGGACCGUUCUUCAUUAAGCAACGAAGACAUCGUAAUCGUACGAGAAUAAAGGUAUACGUCGCGGUGUUCGUCUGCUUCGCAGUGAAGGCGGUCCACCUCGAAUUGGUAAGCGACCUUACUAGCGAGGCCUUCAUCGCUGCCCUUCGCCGUUUUAUAGCUCGACGCGGCUUUUGCUCCAACAUAUAUUCCGACAACGGGUCAAAUUUCGUGGGAGCAUACAGUGCUCUGCGCGAGGUCCAAAACCUCUUGAAGUCACAUGGAGCAUCAUGA